CUCUAUUGUAGGAUUGCACUGUAGUACUGGUGUUUGAGCAGUUGUGUAGCUUUGCAGAUUGUGCUAGCAUUUUUAUUGUAGCAAAACCAAGUAGUUAUGAUAUAUGACACCGGCAUUAGUAGUUGCUGAUGAAUAAGCGCCUAAAAACGAUCUUUGUUUCCCCAAAUAGAAUGACCUUUGCCGGUUGUGGUUGAAAUGCUCAAAAAGAUGCUACUUACUCCACCAAUGAAAAGAAACUUCAUGCACCGAAAGUAACACAAUGAGUACAAAUAGACGUUUAAUUUUGCUUUGCACAAAUAAGCUCUGAAAUGCUUUAAAGUGAUUCAUGAAGGCUCCAGGGCUGUCGCAAUGGAGAAGGCGGCCAGCCAGCUGGAAAGGGACCAUGUCCACAGCGUAUACGAGAAAAUCGCUCCCCACUUCAACGACCACCGUUACAAGGCCUGGCCAAAAGUGCGCCAGUUCCUUCUGGACCAGGAGCCCGGCAGCAUAAUUGCUGAUAUUGGUUGUGGCAAUGGCAAAUAUCUUCAUAUCAACCGUGAAAGCUUCAAGAUGGGCUGUGACUACUGCCUGCCUCUCGUAGACUUAGCCAGAGAUCAUGGCCACGAGGUGCAGGUGUGCAACGGCCUGCGGCUCCCGUAUCGAGAUGGCUGUUUUGAUGCCAUUCUUUCCAUUGCAGUAAUCCACCACUUCUCUACAAAGGAACGACGCAUCCGGGCAAUCCAGGAGAUGGCACGCACUCUUAGAGUGGGAGGCCGCAUAAUGAUCUAUGUGUGGGCAAUGGAGCAGAAGAGACGCAAGUUUGAAAAGCAAGAUGUCUUUGUCCCCUGGAAUCCCAAACCCCCAUCCACUCCGCCACCCGAAAAUGUUCUGAAGAAACGAGAACAGGAAGAAUUCAGUUCCUCCGGCUUCUCUCGCAGUGGCGAGGACCACAAAGAUAUGCACAGGAAAAUCAAAAGUACAUCCUCCGUGGGUGAUGACGAGGACACAGUAUACACUUCUUUUGAGAAAUCCUUAAAGUUGUGGCUCUUUUCUAGGUCAUUGGAUUCAGUAUUAGAUUUCGGCAGCAACAGCCAUUCAAGAUCCCCUAAAGAGCUGAACGCAUUGAGCAAUUAUAGCCCUCAGUUGAAUAAAAUGAUGAAACAGGUUUCUAGCUUGUUUUGUUCAAGGCAGAAUUCAGAAGACGACGAAGUCUUCCGUUUUACGGGAGAGAUCCAGCCUCCAAAUCCUCCAAAAUCCUCCGAAUCUUAUAAUUUUCAAAGCGACAACCCUACAACAGAAGAAAAACAGGCACUCUCUGCUGCUAUUGUUCAUGGAUGUGGCAGAAUACCCUUGCCUGAUCUUGUCUCUCAUAGUAAAGGUUCUGCAAGUGAGACAGUAAUCUCUAGUAAUGUCCACAGCAAUACAUCAAAGUGUAGUGAGCAGAACCACAGGCUUCAAGACAACUUCAUGCAAUUACUUGACCACAAAGAACGCCCUCAAGAGGAUUGUGUUUUACCAGAGAAUAAGUGGAAACAAAUGACCUCGGAUGGCUCUUUCCUUCGAUAUUAUCAUGUAUUUAAGGAAGGAGAGCUUCUGGAACUCAUUAAAAAGCACGUUGAGGGGCUUCAUGUCAUCCAUACCUAUUUUGAUCACGCUAAUUGGUGUGUGAUAGCCGAAAAGGUUCAGGUUUGGAAAAUUUAGGGUAUUUUAAAAGUUUUUUUUUUUUUUUUUUUUAGUUAUAUUUUGAAUCCAAGUGGAAUGCACUUGAAUCUGACAUGCUAUAAUACAUCAUUUUAAAUUGGUGCCCAAAUUUUGUUUUUAUAAAAUUGCUGCCUGUUCAUUUAACAGUGUGUAAUUGUAAUGUGGCACAACCUUUUAGCAGUCAACAUUUCAUUUUAUUUUUUAACAUUGAAGCUUAAUGUUUUACAUGAAUCAUGAAGCAAAGCAUUUGUUUGUGUUUUAAAAAUGUUUUGUGAUUUAUUCCUAUUGGCUGCUACCAAAAUAGCUGCCAAUAGCGUAUAUGUAUGAGAGCAUGUUAAUGCAUUGUCAAAACUUGAAUAAUUUAUUUACAAAUGUGUCAUACAUACAACUUUGUUAAAUAAACAUGGACAGAAAGUUACUGUUUUUACUGUACAAAAUGGUGUUCAGAUAUUUUCUCCAUUAGCUCUGUAGACAUUUAUUAGAUUGUGUUUUUAGAUCAAAAGCUUUUUAUAAAAGUAUUUACUAUUAAACUGUUAAUGAUGUGAAAAUAUAAACUCUAGGGUUCACAUAAAGAAAAGUGCUGCUCUUAUGUUCCUAACAAGUGUGCUCCAACAACUGUUUUUGUACAUUUUAAACACCUAUGUAUGUUCGUAACCAUGUGCUUAAUAAAUAUUUUUCUUGCAUAACAUGCCAGCUGAAAUGUAACAAUGCUAUUCUUAUUUACAUAUGUAUCUAUGUACAGAUUGGACAAAAAUCCUUCUACAACAUCAGUCAACAGGGUGGUGUCAUAAUGGGCAGUCAAACACUGAAUCAAUUGUUGAAGUGAUCUGUAGAAAUAUGUGAUUGGAUUGUCACCUCCACUUCCAUUAGUGAUUUCUCUAGAACGGUCAAUGGAGUAAUCUUGUGAAGAUUAGUUACUCCUGGCUAAAGGUCGAAUGAUGGAGCACUGGAAAUUGUAACACUUGCAUAACACAGUAAUUAAGUCAUGUGAAUUACACAAAAAGCACUAGUUACCAUAAAUGUCAUUAAACCAGUACUAAGGGCUGAGCUGGCUUUCAC